AUGACGCGCUCCGGUAGCGCUGCAUCGAUGAACAUCGCCGACGCUCUGGCACCCUCCGCCACAAACAGACUCAACCCCGCCGAGCGAAAGGCUUUUGGUAAAUCAGAUCACAAGGCUGCCAAGAUCCUUGGUAUUACACUCACACGCAAUCACGUGGACCAGGAUGGGAGACUCGCUCGAGUCCCACCUGCAGACCAAGAGGAUCCCCAAGUUGGAUAUACCCUGGCAGAGAUGAUGGCUCUCAUAGGUGCAAAGCGUGCACGUAGCCGCAAUUCAAGUGCUGUGACCGUCUUUAGGCCACGUAAGGGCCUGGGGCUUGCUUUAGGUAUGGGGAUGGACUUGGUAGAGAAGCACAGGAAGCGCAGAGUGAUUGGGGGGUAUACGCAACGCGUGGUCUUGGGCUUGUGCUCAAACGAGCCACCCGUCAAGGAAUUCGAAGAACUGUCGACUACCGUCAACGACGACGGUGCAUGCUCGUUCUUGGAGCCCGGUGAGAUUGAAGAGACCGAAACACCUCUUGCAGACAGAUAUAUAGCGGGAAAUCAUGAAGAAGAGGAGGAAGAUCGACUUCACGGUUCGAGAGGCUUUGUUUGGGAUGUUGAAGAUCCGUUUGCCACACCUCCCAAUGCUGUCCUUCAGCAAUAUGCCGAAGCAAUGCGGCUUGGUGAAACGAUUGGACCCUUGGAUGUUCCGCCGGUGGCGUCCCUCUGCCACACAACUAAUUUUGAGUCGUUACCCGAAGGAGAAAUUCGGGCACUUCGACUCUAUGCCGACGACUCGUUCGACGACUUGUUUCGUCCGGCGGAACGAGCUUACCUGGAUUUUUUGAUUGCACGAGACGAAGCUGAGGAGCAGCCAAUGGAAAGGAGAAGGCAAAGAAGGGCGGCAGUGCGGUCGAGGAGCAAAAUGCUGGAUAUAUUGGGAGUGGAGGCACGACAAGCUGUUGAUGGGCAAUGUUAG